CAAAUUUGUGCAAACAGCAGAAAAUGGGAUCUUUGCUGUAGACAGUUCUUGCAUUUAAUGUAGCUGUUUAUGUGAUUGAAGCACUUAAUAAGUGUUUUCAUUGGGUAUAGUUACAGAACAGCUGCAGAAAUCUUAAGUGCUUCUGUUCAUUUUUUUUUCUUUGUAGUUUGGAACUGAAAAAUCUCAGAAGAAAACUGGACACUGACAGAGAUCAGGGUGAUUCCUCAACUCUGCACUCUCCUGACAGAGGCACUGCUUUUGUGGGGUAGGAAUGAUGACAGGGGCAAAAAGGAAAAGAAGUACAGUCUGGAGGAAGAUCCAGGCUGUUCGCUUUGAAGAUAUCAAAGCCUGGUGUAUGAGAAGGCUGCCUAUCUUGAAAUGGGUGCCUGUCUACAACUGGAAGGAAAAUUUGGUUCCUGAUACUGUUUCUGGGAUGAUGCUAGCCAUCCAACAGGUGACUCAAGGGCUCGCCUUUGCUGUUCUGUCUUCAGUCCAUCCAGUUUUUGGUUUAUAUGGAUCUUUUUUUCCUGUGAUUAUUUAUGCCAUAUUUGGAAUGGGACGUCACGUGGCAACAGGAACUUUUGCUUUAACUUCCUUAAUAUCUGCCAAUGCAGUUGAGCGUCUUGUUCCUUCAGUCAGAACUAAUGUCACUGCAAACAAUAAUUCAGGAAUUUUGGGUCUGUCAGAAUUUGAAAUGCAGAGGAUUGGAGUCGCAGCAGCAGUUUCAUUUCUAGGAGGAAUCAUUCAGGUGGCGAUGUUCAUGCUGCAGCUGGGCAGUGCCACUUUCUUGUUAACAGAACCCGUCAUAAGCGCCAUGACCACAGGAGCAGCUACACACGUCGUCACUUCGCAAGUGAAGUAUCUGCUGGGAAUGAAAAUGCCAUAUAUAUCGGGACCACUGGCAUUUUUUCAUAUUUAUGCCUAUGUGUUUGAGAAUAUCAGAUCAGUUCAGUUGGAGGCAUUACUUCUCUCCUUGCUGAGCAUUGUGGUACUUGUUCUUGUUAAAGAACUGAAUGAGAAAUUUCACAGAAACAUUAAAGUUGUCCUUCCCAUCGAUCUACUUUUGAUAAUUGCUACGUCCAUUGCUUGCUACUAUGCUGAUAUGGAAUACGUCUACGGGAUAGAAGUUGUGGGAAAUAUUCCUAAAGGGUUGCCAUCACCAAAAGCACCACCCAUGAGUGUCCUGCCUGAAGUAGUCACUGAAGCUUUUGGAGUGGCACUGGUCGGUUACGUAGCCUCACUAGCUCUUGCUCAAGGCUCUGCUAAAAAGUUUAAAUACACUGUGGAUGACAACCAGGAAUUUUUGGCUCAUGGCCUCAGCAACGUGAUUCCUUCAUUUUUCUUUUGCAUACCAAGUGCUGCAGCGAUGGGACGGACGGCACUUUUAUACAGCACGGGCGCCAAAACACAGGUGGCUUGUCUUAUCUCUUGUGUAUUAAUUCUUGUGGUGAUCUACACAAUUGGACCUCUGCUGUACUGGCUUCCUAUGUGUGUGUUAGCAAGCAUUAUUGUUGUGGGCUUGAAGGGGAUGCUAAUGCAGUUCCGUGACUUAAAAAAAUAUUGGAAUGUGGAUAAAAUAGACUGGAGCAUCUGGGUUAGUACCUAUGUGUUUACAAUAUGCUUUGCUGCUAACGUGGGACUGUUGUAUGGCGUUGUGUGCACUAUAGCAAUCGUGAUUUUCCGCUUUCCCAGAGCAAAGACACUCAAUUUGAAAAAUAUGAAAGAGGUGGAAUACAAAUACAAAGCAGAAGAUAAUUGUGAAUCACUAAAACAGGUAAAAAUAGUUUCAGUCAACAGCCCGUUAGUCUUUUUGAAUGCCAGAAAAUUUCAUGCUGACCUGUUAAAGACAAUCCAGAAGGAUGGCAUGAGCAGCCAGUGUGAGCAGACCACAUUGCUCUGUUCAUUUUCCAAUGGAAGUUGCCAUGGUGAGUUGGUGCAGCCAUGUCACAGUGAGCGACAUGUUUUGAUAUUAGACUGCAGUGGACUGAAUCUCUUUGACUACACUGGAGUCUCCGUGCUUCUUCAGAUUUACGUGGACUGUAAAAACAGAUGCAUCGAUGUGUUGCUAGCACAUUGCAAAGGUUCCUUGAUAAAAGCAAUGCAGUACGGUGGAAAUUUUGACUCUGAAAAUCCUGUAUUCUUUGACUCUAUUUCUUCAGCAAUUGAUGCCAUUCAGAUUCACAGGAACUACAGCAAGUUCAGUGAACAGAGUGAAGUGUGAUGCCCACCCAUUGAGUAUAGUGAGCUUCAUCUGCUCAUAUUCAAAAUGAACUACAACAUGGCUUCUCCUUCACUUUUUUCUCCAGUGGAUCUCACAGAUAAUCUUUUGUAUACCAUAUAUAUUUAGUCCAUUCAGUAACAACAGAUCUACCUUUUAGAGAGAAAAUCUUUCAUCUGUGAUCACUCAGAGAAUUUUUAUGCAAAUUGUUCUAUACUGGUUUUAUAAAAUAUUUUAAUAUACAUUUAGAUACAAAUUAUUAGAAAGCAGACACGAGGUACUGGAUUUACCAGUUAGGUGUAUUCAUUUAGGUAUGUUCUAUUGUAACAUUAGUUGUAAUAUGCAUCUGUAGUUUUGUGUAUGGAAUAGAGACAUGAAUUCUUAAAAGAGUAUGUUACAAUUGAUACAGUAUCUGCAGCAAUGUAUAUCAAUGCAUACAUUUUCUAAUGGCUUUACUUACUCUUUCCUCUGUUCAAGACAGCCAUUUGCAGUAACAGCACCACAUCACAGCUAUCAUAUACUUUCACUUUUCAUACUUGGUUUUGUAUGCUUUUUAAUGCCUGCCCAGAUCAGUGGGAGAACUUAAAAGUAUACGCAGAAAAGGCAGAUAUGUGUUGACUAAGAACACUGGAUUGCCUCCCUCUAUAUUUGUUGUCUUGUGCUAUUAUGGUUUGCUACAUUUUCAAAGCCACAGGUAUUCUUUAGCUCAGUCUGAAGAGGAAAAACUGGUAAUAUUUUUACAAAACAUGUUAUUUUUCCCAGCACAUUUUUUCCAGUCUGCAUUUCCAGUUUGAGCUGUGAUUUGUUUGGUGUUGAAAUCUUUAGCUGAGGCAGCUGAAAGGUGACCAUAGUGACACAUAAGCUGUGUGCCACACUUCAGCCACAAUCCUGAUGUGAUGUGCAGUAUACUGUGUGUGAGAACACAAAGUGGGUGGAGGAACUCACAGGUUGAGUAUUUGGUUUGUAUUUAUGGGUUGUCAGCAAUUGUAUUAGAUCACACUAUCACAUAGCUAUCGUGUUAUUUGGCAACAUAUUAAGGGCCUCCAGUACCUGAAGGGAGCCUACAAGAAACAUGGAGAGAGACUAUUUGCAAGAGCACAGGACAAGGGGAAUGGCUUCAAACUGGAACACAGUACAUUUAGACUAGAUAUUUGAAGAAAAAAUCUUCACUGUGACAAUGCUGAGGCACUGGAACAGGUUGCCCAGAGAAAUUAUGGAUGCCCUGACUCUGGGAGUGUCCAAGGUGAGGUUGGAUGGAGUUUUUAGCAACUUGUUCUAGUGGAAGGUGUCCCUGCACAUGGCAGGAUGAUGGAACCAGAUGAUCUUUAAGGGCCUUUAAAACCUAGGCCAUUCUAUAAUACUAUGUAUGAUUUUUCUCCUCUUGCCUUUGUUCCCUUAUGUGAACACCAGCAGUAAAAUGUGAGUUGAACAAAAAGGAAUCAACAAAUGAGAAAGGUAAGGAAGUAGGUGUUUUUGGUUUUUUUCACCAACUUAAAAAAUCUAUGGAAGCUAAAGGUAAAUGAAUGUGGCACAGCCAUAACAGCUAUCUUACACUACAGAGAGGAGGGAAGUACAAGGAGUCUUUGUGCAGUUGACAUCUAUAGCCAAAAUCUAGUUCAAAGCAUUCUGUUUUCAGCAGCAGUUUAUGCUUGUCUGGACCCUCCUUGCUCUGUCUGCCCAAAGCUGCUGCCUGCAAGAGAUGAGGUGGCUCAUGGAGUGACUUUUGCAUCUCUGCAUAGUUAAGACAUUGAUAUGCUUUUCCUCAAGUCUUGGUCACUCCACACUAGUAGAUGACAAUGGGAGAGAGCCAUAGGGUUUUUUUUCCCUUUCAAUUAUGAGUGACUCUUGUAGUUAUUCCCCGCUUUGUCCCACAGAGGACUAGAAAUGUUCUAUACAAGUUCUUUUGAAACUUUGGUCUUUGGUAAUUUGAGCUUUGAGCUUUGGUAAUUACUAUGCAAAAGGCUGAUAAGUAACUGUGAGAAACUCAUUAUAUGCAGGAGAAAUAAAUUCUGUAUAUUGUCCCAAGUACAUUAAUUUCAGAUGCUGUAGUUGAUUGCAAAUGGCUCAUUACAUCACUGGACUCAGUUACAGGCUAUAACAUUUGAUUAAUAAUUUCCUGAAACAGUUUUAGUAAUUUAUUAACACUUUAGAAACUAUUUACAAUGUACUUUAAUUGUAGAAGCAUCAAUUUUAUGCCACAGCUGAAUGGAGACUUCUACUUAACUGCAAACUGAAUAAAUUAAUAAAUGGUAUCUUUUCUACUAGGUUCAGCAUUUGUUCUUUGUCAGCUAAAUGUUUUUACUGAAAAUUUAUAGAUUAGUUAAUUAAUGAAAUUGUUAAAAAUAGGGUCUUUAGCAAAGAUAACAUCAUUUUUCAGGAGACUUUCACUUUUAUUCUGAAUGAUCUUGUAAAUGGAACAACAGAGAUACUUUUAAAAUUCCAUAUAGUAUUGGCUUUUUAAGAAACCUGCUGCAUUAAAUAAUCAAAAUAAUCAAUUUUGUAGUGUUUAUCAAAAUAGCUUCUAAUUUUUGAUCAGUUAAAUGGCUCGUUUAGGGAUGAACAUCUAUCUCCCAUUAGCUCCAACCUUCCAACACUGGGCUUUGGGAUAAUAUUUCUGUAAUCUAUUUUGCUAUAUAUAAUUAGUCUAAAUAACUUUCCGUCUCUGAGAGUAUGCAUUGCUAAUUAUAUUCUGUGUCUGGCAAGUGGCAUUACUCAGGAGAGUUGUUUCUCAGCAGAACAGUGUUUAAGGGGCAUGUGAAGAUAGCUGCCCUCUCAAUUUCUUCUAAAAUACCUGUACUGAGUUUAAGCUCUGUCAAACCAGACCUGCUCUAUACAACUAUGGGCAGUGAAGGAGGGAAUGUAAUUUCUUUUUUACCAUUGACUUGGAAGAGCAAAUUGCAAAUAACAAACCACUGACGCAGUUUCCAUUUCUUUACCACCUACCCUUCUGAGCUACUGAUGUUUACUAAAACAUGACUGUGCCUUGCCUGUCUUCAAAUGGCCUGGAGGUCAUUGCAAUCAGACCUCGUGGACUGCCAGGCCAUGGCUGGUCUGCUGGUGGGAUGGGAGUUGCUUCAUGUCCUUCCUGAGUUGCUCUCUGCAAAUCCUUAGUGAUGGUGUGUUUGUGCCACUGACCGAGUCAACUGAUGAACAACUGCUUAAUACUUUGGUGAAGAUUGAAGGAAACACCCUAAACCUUCUGGACUAAGUUUUGGAGGCAAUCCCCACUAUCAAUUUCUAACCUUCUCUCAAUGCUUUUUUAUAUAGACUGUCCACUAGCUUUCCUUUGGCUCUCAGAAUUAUUAGGUAAAUAUAUGGAAGCUCAACCCAAAACAUCACAGUUAGCUUCACUGGAAUGGAAUAGAAUUAAAUAGAAUAGAGUAACAUUCGAAAGAAACCAACAGGGAUCACCUAGUCCAACUGCCAUUAAAAUAAAAGAAUAUCAUAAUUAGAAUAAACCUUACUUAUUCUUCUGAUCCAGAAGGGCAAAGGGAGCCAAACUCAUCCUGUAGCAAAGAGCCUGCACAAAGUCUGUGUGUCCUUAUGGCUGUGCAGACCUGGCCACACUAUCCCAAUGGAGGUGAAUUAAAGUCAGGAACAAUUAGGGGUUUAGUUAUUUGUGCCCUGCUGCUGCAGACAUUCAUCUUUGUACUUUCGACCUUGUUUACUUGAACAUCCUUGGGGACUUUUCAGAAUAAUGCAAAGUUUCAUCAAGUGUGGUUACAUCUGUGAGCUUACGCAGUGUUAGCAGUAAGAGAAACUGUGGAGUUCUUCUGUCCUCAGUGAUUUCUAAAGGUGCAAGAGAAAGUCUGCACCUGCCAGCACAGGCUUGAGGAAGUCUCUCAUUUACAAACAGGUUUCAAGUAAUGAAACUAAUGAGUUUACUACUCUUAGUAAGCAAUUCUGAAAAUCUAACCAUUCACUUUGCUUCCUGUAUGUAUACUUACAUGCUCAGAGUUUUUAUUGCAAAAUUCAGUAUGUAUGAGUCACCAAGCUUUUGCAAAUCAGUGCUUCAAGUUUUGUACAUUUGGUGUAUUCUGCACUUCAUAGGAGAACUUAAAUACAAGGGUUUUUUUUGCAGAGAUGGUCCAAAGUUAUCAGAGAUGAUAUAUUUACUUGAUGUGUUUAGGAAUUUUUAGUUAUUUUUAGGAACUUAUUUUACAUUUUAAAUAGUAUAUCAUGUGAGUAAAGAGUUUUUCUCAACAUUUAAGAUUUGCUAACUAGAGGUGAUCUGAUCAUAUGCUCUUACAGAAUUUGUUUCACACAUUCCAAAACAAAGCAAGCAAUGAAGAAAAAAAGAGAGAGCAAACUGAUGUUAAAGAAUGAGUAUAAUGGCAAUUAAAAAUUAGGCAUAAAAUAUAUAAUAAGGAAAAGACUGUUAACAUUAUAUUUAUGCAAAUUAAAUGUGUCUAAUUCUUGUCAUAUGUCUUUCAUUUUAAAGGUUAUUUGCCCUGAUUCUGUGAUUCAAGUGUCACAAGGUCUGGCUGUAGCUGCUUUGACAAAAUUUAUUUGACAGCUCUGUGUAUCAUAAAUAUAUAAUGUAACAAGGAAAGGUAUCUUCACUGUUGAAUGAAAACAUUAAUGUGUCAAUACUGUGUAUGAAUACUGUUUGACAUUUACUAGUUUCAAAAAUAAAAUACACAGUAUGUCUUGAAAAUAUGGUAUUCCUAUUUUUGGAAGAUACUUUCUUUGUCUUCAUAAAUAAUUGAAGGAGCACAGUUCCAGAGUGCAUGCUAAAUGGUGCCUUCAUCAUUAAGAUAGAUUUUACUAAAGAUGACAUAAUCUGUAUGUUUCCAUAUGUUUUAUAAUGCAUUUAAAUAUUUUUUCUUUUUCUGAUUCCAUGUAUUAGCAUAUGCAAGAAUAAAUUUAUACUGAAAUAAAUUGGAAUAUGAGACAACUUGCAUGUAGAAGGAGGGAAAUGCCCUCAUUAUUUCAAUUCUUUUUUUUUUUACAUUCUGUACUAGCCACUUUGUUAGGAGAUAUGCUGCCUUCUCCAACCUCAAAAUGUAUUAAAUCUUAUCAAUGAAAAAAGAGAAUUUGCCUUACAUUCAGAAGUUUUAUUCCCUCACAGCACUUAAAGGAGUAUGGCAUGUAAUACAUUUUUACCUCUAUCAGAAAUACAGAAAUCUUGGUCCAAUUUCUCCAGUAUUGCCUCUUUGCAUGCACAGUCGUUUGAAUAUGUCUUUUUUUAAUUGUCAUUUGCAUCUACAGAUGGUGCACCUCAUAUCCAACUGGCACAUACUGAUGGCAUGGCUUAUAUACAGUCUGUGGCUUA